UUUUAAAAUGGCCCCCACCACAGAGGCUCGCGCUCCGGCGCUUUACCUUCUUUUUUGAUAGAGAGACAGAGAGAUCGAAGAAGAAGAAGAGAGAUAGAGCGAGAGAGAGAGCGCGAGAGAGGGAGAGAAGAAGAAGAGAAGGAGGAAGAAAAAUAAAGAAGAAGGAAUUAAAGUGUCUGAGUGAACUCUCCGGUCGGUUAGAGUUUGUUUCACGGACUAGCUUGUUAGCUAGGCUAGGCUACAUGUUUACUUGGCCGGCUAGCUCGCUUUAAAAAAAAGAAGAAGAUAUUAUUUUUGUUUGCUAAAUGCUAGCUAGCGCGUGCGGCUAAGUUACUUUAGCUAGCGCAGAGCUAGCCUCCUGGACAAGUUUUCCUCGCUUUUCCUUUCUCUUUUCCUUCUUGUUGUAUUUUUUUCUUUCCUCGCUUGCUCUAAAUGGCCGACCCGAGGAAAGUGCCCUUCGUCACUCUGGCUUCGUACAGCAGCAGCAGCGGCUCGGCGGCGCCGGUGUCUGAGUGCAGGAAGCGGCGGAGGGAGGAGGAGAGCGAGGCGGCCGGGCUACAGCCACACCAACAACAACAUCAACAACAACAACAACAACACCAACAACAACACCCCGGGAGAGACACAGGGACAGGGCUGUUCACUAACGGGAGGAGCUCCGGGGCUGAGGGUCCCUCCACCUCCACCACAGAGCCCAAGUCCACAGUCAGGCUCAGUCUGUGUCUGUCUGAGCCCAGUGACAAGGGAUCAUCAGAGUUCAGCUACACCGAGCUCGUACAGCAGGCCACACAGCAGCACCUGAGGAAAGCUCCCGAGAGACUCACGCCAGCUCUGGACCCGAACGACCCGCUGGCUGAUCAGGACAAAGAGAGACGAGAGGUCGAAGCCAUGGCCAGGAUGUUUGAGAGUAAAUAUGGUAACACCGGAAAGAAGAAAAAGAAGGACCGGAUGCAGGAUCUCAUCGAUAUUGGAUACGGCUACGACGAGACCGAUCCGUUCAUCGACAACUCUGAAGCUUACGACGAGCUGGUCCCCGCCUCCCUCACCACCAAGCUGGGCGGCUUCUACAUUAACACGGGCACUCUGCAGUUCAGGGCUGCGUCCGAAAGCGAGGACGGGGACGAGAGCAAGGACGGAAACCACUUCAAGAAGUUGAAGGACGGAGAGGAACGCGUGAUCAAGAAAAGGAAGAAAAAAGACGGCGCUCUGGAGGAGAAGAAGCCAAGAAAGAAUAGAGUGUCGAAGCAGGGCGUGUCCGCUCUGAACCGUCCCGAGAAGAAGAAGAGGAAGAAGCUGAUGAAGGACUCUCUCACGCUGGCGGCCAUGAUCCGCCGCUUCAGUCGUGAGAAAGAGGAAAUGAGGAAAAAGAAUGUCGUUGUCGCCGUCACUGCGGCUCCCAGUACAGCCAGUGGUGCUGCCGCUGCCGCUGCCGGACCCAAAACCACCAGCGUGAACCGUGCCGUUGUCAACUCGCACGCUGUGGCCCCCGGGAACGACCUCUCCGACCUCACCAACGACCCGGCCGUCAUGCCGCUGCUGGGUUCUGCUAACGACGAGAUGCUGCAGGACCUGAUGGACGAGCUCGACUUCUCGCUGCUCGACCCUUCCGACCUGUCAGGCCUGGAAGGUCAGGGUGAGAACGGCAACGCCGCCGCCCAAAGGGGAGGGGCCGCCGCCGGACGCAUCCAGAGGACUGGACUCAUCCCGCCUCCCCCGCUGCCCGGCGGUCUGCCCGCUGCCCUCGCCAAACGCAUCGAGGACCUGCGAGCGGCGUCUCGGCAGUUUGACAUGGAAGGGAGGAAGAAGUUCUUCACGCUGGACAUGAACAACAUCCUGCUGGACAUUGAGUUGCAGGUGCAGGAGCAGCCGUCUGACGUGCGCUCGGCCGUGUACUCUCACCUGGAGGCCUUCGUGCCCUGUAACAAGGAGGCUCUGCUGAAGCGGCUGAAGAAGCUCAGUCUGAACGUGCAGGACGACCGGCUAAGGAAUCCGCUGCUCAAACUCAAGCUGGCUGUCUGCAGCGCCAUGCCUGAGCAGAUCGCUCGCUACAACAUGGACUGUCUGGCUAAGGUGGCAAAGCAGCAGUCUGAGGAGGGUGAGAAGAAUGGCUCAGAGGAGGAGGAUGAGGAGCGGCCGGGAAAACGGGUGGUGGGACCUCGCAAGAAGUUUGUGUGGGACGAUAAACUCAGGGCUCUGUUGUGUAAUCUGGUUCGAGCGAAGCUGGGCUGUUACGAAGAUGAGGGUCAGAACUCGCACUCUCCUGAAGACUACCUCAAAGCCUUUAUGGAGACCGAGGUGAAACCCCUCUGGCCCAAAGGCUGGAUGCAAGCUAGGAUGCUGAUUAAAGAGAGCCGCAUGGCCCACGGCCACCUCACAGGAAACACAGUGAAGAAGACGCCCAAAGCUAAACCUAAAUCUCAGGAUGGCGUUUGGCUUCAACAGUCGACCGCGCCCGCUGCCACGCCCUCUACCCCAGUGCCGCACCCUCAGCGGCCCCCCUCCCCCAUCUGCCUGUCGGACUCUCUGGACGAGGAUCUGGGCGGGGCUCCAUCUCUGGACUCUAUCUCGCAGGCUCUGGCUCUGCUCAGCAGCGCAGCCAAGGGGUUAAUCCAGUCCAACAGCCCGCCCUCCCCCGAGCCUGCUAAACCGGUUACCUCAGGCACCGCCCUCGGCCCCACCUCCUCGGUCAGCUCCUCCACCCCUGUGCUUCCUAAAAAGAUCACCAUCAACACCACCGCCUCUGCUUCUCCGGCCACCGGCGGCCCCAUCUUCGUCUCUUCCUCCUCCUCCGCUAGCUCGUCUCCCUCUCCGGCUAUAGCCCGGCCUUCGUCCAUGUCUGUGUCUCCCUCCAUCCGGAGCGAGGGAAUGGGAGGACUGAAGGUCGGAGUGGUCGGCUUGACUCAGGUGCAGAGACACGUGCUGACGGGGCCUCAGCGAACCGUCGUCACCACCACUGCAGGCAUCAGCAACAAGACGAGUGCGACGUCUCCGCCUAAACCGAGGCCGCCUCCCACCGCCUCGCCCCUCAUCCCGCCUCACAAGGCAUUAAGCUCUCCCCUACCCACGCCCACGGGCCUCCACAAGCCCGGCAAUAACAGCGGUGCCGUCGGUCGGAUCGGCGCGGUGCCAUCAUCUCAGCCUCACUCAACCGCACUGUCCAUAUCGUCCUCUUCGUUUUCUGCAUCUGCUGCCUCUUCCUCUGCCUCCUCGCACCUCAACGCCAAAACGCAGCCUAAAAUCUCCUCCUCGUCUUCGUCUCAGCCCAAACCUCAGCCGCUGCAGCAUCAGCAUCCGCAGCCUCAGCAGCAGUCGACGUUCGUCACGCCCAUGCAAGCGACGCUCACCAAAUCACCCCACAGCUCCAGCUCUCCCAUCCUCAAGCUCACUCCACGGGUCACCUCCGUCAGCUCCCCAUCGCCCUCCCUCUCCAGGACGAACACGUUACCCACCAUGCAUCAGUUCUCUCCUAAAACCCCAGGCUUUCACGCAGGGUUUCCAGGCGUCGCCGCCAGUUAUAGCACUCCCGUGGGGCAGCAGAAGACUCCCUCUCAGGUCAACAGCUCCGGCCUGACGAGCACCAACACCCCGAUCACCAAGCACACCUCGCCCUCGGCCGGAUCCGCCAAUCACGGGCCACGACAGAGGACGGCAGGCGUGGCUAAUCAAGGGGCUAAAACGAUGGCAACGGUUACCUCAGCGGCGGCUCCUCAGCUAGCACAGGUGCCGUCUUCCAGCGCCAGUCUGCUGGGUCCCGGCGCUCCUAACCUGCCAAUAAACUUUGGGAUGCUGGGAGGCAUCACUCCCGUCUCUCUGCCCUUCGCCUUCCCCGGCCUGCUAAACCUGCCCACUGUGACAGGAACAAGCGCUGGAGCUAACACUGCUAACCAAAGCAGCUCAGGAUACAGUCUACAACCUAAUGUCACUCAGAGCCAGAGCGGGGAUUUAAAGAGGAAGCUGUGAUGUCACUCGGAUGACAUUGCUGCAUAACGCAUGGACUGCUGGCAUAAACAAUAAGAACGAACAGCUCUUAGCCUUUUCUUUUCGUUUUUUUUUUUUUUUUUGACCAUUUGGAGUAUAAUUAAUUAAUGAAUUAAUAACAUCCCUGGCCUGGAUGCUUUCUUUCUUUCUUCCUUUUUAUUUUCUUUGUUUUGCUAAUGUUUACACACACAGACCUUAAUUGCUGUGGACGGGAAGGGAAAAGAUUUUUUACUUGUGCGAGAUUGUGUGUGUGAGUGUAUGAUUGUGUGUGUGAGUGUAUGAUUGUGUGUACACACACACACUCCGAGUGGAAUAUGAACUCUAUACAAUGAAUGAACAGAUCGGACUGACGGAUGAACUGAUCCCUCCCUCUCUCAGGUGAAGGUCCAUGUCUCUGGUGCUGUUCCAGGUGGAGUCGAUGUUAGUGUUGUUGUUUAUUAUAAUUAUUAUUGUUAAUAUUAUUAUUAUUAAAAUGCCCCCCACGGAACAAAGACCAGAGGAGUUUUAUAUCCGGUGCAGAAGCAGGGGCGAUGAAAUUUG